GAGGCAAUGCAGCGGAAGCCUCCUGUUGAAAUCUCUUGCAUGAUACUCAGUCACAAUGACUUUGGUGCCUGUGGACUAUGGGCACCAUGGCAGCAUCUUACCUGAGCGAGAAAGGGAUGAAGGGAUCAUGUGGCCCAGUCUCUGCAAAAUACAUAUUUUGUGCUUGGGGCUGGCCGUGCUGGCUCUUCUGGUUUUAGUCCACAACUUUUAUCAGUUAGAGAAUCUGGACCAUGACACAGGUUUAAAAUGGUUGAUAGAAGAUGAUGACCAACAGUCUUCAUCACAAACCACUAAAAUACCCAGAAAGCUAUACUGUGGCUAUGAGCACCAAGUUUUGUCCAAGAGAGAACAAAGGGAAGAAGAGUCCUUAUUUGCUGCUGUCCAGUGGCCCAAGCCCACAAAGAACAAAAUCCCAUUCGUGAGGAGCACUGACCCUUCUCACAGCAACUUUGUUAUACUGAAUCCUUAUACACAUUUCAGGGUUGGUGAUCAGCUGGAGGUGUUGGUCUAUGUGAAGGACUAUGAAGGAAAACCAAAGCAAUAUGGCGGAGACUACCUUCAGACAAGAAUCCACUCUGCUCACCUGAAAGCUGGAGCCAUUGGAAGAGUUGUAGAUUACCAGAAUGGAUCCUACAGAGUUUUUUUCACUUUACUUUGGCCAGGGGAGAUCACAGUAUCUGUGUCCUUGGUCCAUCCUAGUGAAGGGAUCCAGGUCCUUCAACGUUUACGAGAAGAAAGACCAGAUAGGGUGUACUUUAAAAGCCUAUUCAAAUCAGGGAGGGUAUCAGAAACCACUGUGUGCAAUGUAUGCUUGCCUGGAGACAUGCCAGUCUGUAACUUCACAGAUCUCUACACUGGUGAGCCAUGGUUUUGCUACAAGCCAAGAAAACUUUCCUGUGCCACCAGGACCAGCCAUUACAAAGGGGGAUAUCAGAAGGGCCUUUUAACCUCAGAAGAGAGCCUCCUUUUCCAAAGUGAUGUGAAUAUCAAAGUGCCAAUAUUCUCGAGUGGUCCUGAUAGGGUGAUUGUAAGGCCAUUGGGGCAUGCAGAGAUGGAAAAUCUGGAAAGAUCACAGAGCCCUGAUGUAUUUCCUUCUGGUUAUUAUUACCAAGAUGAAUGGAGGUCAAGAACCCAGUGGAUUCAGCAUUUUAAUAAAUCAUCAGAUAUUACUGAAUGUUUACAGGGGAAAGUUAUCCACUUGUUUGGAGACUCUACAGUCAGGCAGUGGUUUGAAUAUCUAACAUCAUUUGUUCCAGACCUUGUGGAACUGAACCUGGGCAGCCCUAAGAAUGUUGGUCCUUUCAUGUCUGUGGACAUCAAGCACAACAUCUUGCUGAAAUUCCGCUGCCACGGGCCCCCCAUUCGCUUUACUACUGUUUUUACCAGCGAACUGCACUACAUCGCCAAUGAACUGAAUCGCAUAGUAGGUGGGAGGAACACUGUGAUUGCCAUAACUAUCUGGUCUCAUUUCAGCACUUUCCCUGUAGAAGUGUACAUCAGGAGACUGAGAAACAUCCGUAGGUCUAUCGUUCGGCUGUUGGAUCGGAGCCCCAAAACUCUGGUAAUCAUCAGGACAGCCAACGUCCAGGAGCUCGGGCCAGAAGUGAGCCUUUUCAACAGUGACUGGUAUUCAUAUCAGCUUGACACAAUCAUGAGGAAGAUGUUCUCAGGAAUCGGAGUGUACUUUGUAGACGCUUGGGAGAUGUCACUGGCGCACUACUUGCCACACAAAUUACAUCCAGAAGAGAUCAUUGUGAAAAAUCAGCUGGAUGCUUUCUUAUCUCUCGUGUGUCCGCCAGAAACAUACUAUAGUCUCCUGAGAGGAAUUCAUAAUCAAAUGUGGUCGCUGCUGCUGUAGUACAAUUUUGGAUAUAUCCGCACUGCUGAUUUACCGUUGCUGAUUUGA